AUGGCGGACACUGCCUCGAAGCAUCGAGCUGAGUUUGCCUUUGCUCAGCUUGAUAACGAGAGAGCUCUGACAUCUCUUCGUGACGAGCUAAGGGUAGCUCGUGGGAUUGUUGAUCGGUCUCGGGAUGAGAUAACUACUCUCCAGACCCUUGUCGAUGCCCACCAUCGGGAGCACAAGGCUCUCUGCGAGAUGCUUGAGCGCAAGGGCGUUCUUCAUCGGAAGAAGCAGCGUACUGAUGGUACGGCUUAA